UAUGUUUUUUGUAUGAUUUGAUGACAAACUUGUAAAAUUAACAAAUUCUUGUUUUUAUCAAAUUUCUCUUAUAAAAAAAAAAUAAAUAAAAAAAAAAACAUUAUAAAAUAAGAGCAACAAAUAAAACAAAAGAAACAAACAUUUUAAAUGACCACAAACGAAUUGUGCGUAUCUGUCGUACCCCCCGAUAGAAAAUUGCUCUCACCUUUGCCAAACAAAAUAAUUAUCACGAAAGAAGUAAAAAAUGCAAUUGACCGGGUCCUUAAAACAGAUGAUCCAAUGGACUCACCAAAUUUUAAUACCGUCGAUUAUAUCAAUCAAAUGUUUCCCAAUGAACAGUCUCUAGCAGGAAUCGAUGAUAUAAUUUCGAAAAUGCAAUUCGAAUGCACUGUCAUCGAUGAUAACAUACGGAGUGUUGUACGUGGCCAAACAAAUACGGGCCAAGAUGGUCGAAUUGCUUUGAAUGAAGCACAAAAGGUCAUCAAUAGUUUGUACACACAAAUUAUUGAUGUCAAGACUCGUGCUGAGAAAACGGAGGAAAUGGUCAAGGAAAUAACUCGCGACAUUAAGCAGCUGGAUUGUGCGAAGAAAAAUCUGACUUCGGCCAUAACGACACUCAAUCAUUUGCAUAUGCUUGUUGGUGGAAUUGAUAGUUUGAAUAAAUUGAUUGAGAAACGAUUGUACGGUGAAAUACUGAAUCCAUUGCAAGCAAUAUCCGAGGUUAAUCAGCAUUUUCAACAAUAUAGCAAUAUUCAAGAGAUAAAGAACUUGUCCCAAAGCGUCGAACAAAUUCAAGUUGUGCUUGCUAAACAAAUUACCGAAGAUUUCAAAGAAUCAUUUUCACCAAGCCAAAAGCCUUCGACAACAUCAAGUGGACAUCAACGUCUUCCCCUAUCACAAUUGGCUGAUGCUUGCAAAGUUGUCUCAGUUUUAGAUACUCGUGUUAAAAAGGAUCUCCUCAAAUGGUUUAUUCAACAACAAUUAGAAGAAUAUGCUCAUUUAUUUCAUGAAAAUCAAGACAUAGCUUGGUUAGAUAAAAUUGAUAAACGCUAUGCAUGGCUUAAACGUCAUUUGCUUGAUUUCGAACAGAAAUUUGGUUCGAUAUUUCCAUUGGAUUGGGAAGUUUCUGAACGAAUUACAGUUCAGUUUUGUCAUAUGACUCGUGAUGAUCUCGCUUCGAUAAUGGCUAAACGUGUGAAUGAAAUCGAUGUUAGGCUUUUGUUAUUUGCUAUAAAUAAAACACAAGCUUUCGAACAAUUGCUAUCGAAAAGGUUUACUGGUGUAACAUUAACUGCUGUUGUGGAGACAAAUUCAACAACUUCCAGUGCCUCAACUAGUGGCAGUGUUCAACAACAAAGCAUAUUUCAUGAUAUUAUUGGGGUUUGCUUUAAGGCUCAUCUAAAUGUGUACAUAAACAGCAUCGAUAGAAAUUUGUCUGAAUUAAUGGAACGUUUUGUUGAGAUGUCUAAGGAGCCUUUAAGAGUUGCUGAAUCCAAGACUACCGUUUUUCCUAGCUCAGGGGAUCUGUUUGUGUUUUAUAAAAAAUGCAUGGUUCAAUGUACACAACUCAGCAAUGACCAACCAAUGUACGAUUUGGCGAUGAUAUUUAAAAAAUACUUGCGGGAGUAUGCAAGUAAGGUUCUUGAAGCAAACACACCAAAAAUGCAGAACGUACAAAAUUCCAUUGGAAAUUCAAUGUCAUUAUUGACAAAAGACCUUCAGAAUCUUUCAACAGCUGCCGGUCAGGUAUUUUAUAAUUUUCUAAAAGAGGGUGAAUCUCAGAGAUUUACUAAAAAUGAUUUGGUUCGAAUAUGUUGUGUUCUAACAACAGCUGAAUAUUGUCUCGAAACGGUACAACAACUCGAAGAUAAACUCAAAGACAAAGUAACACCUGCUUAUGUGAAUAAGAUUGACAUGUCAGAGGAGAAGGAUAUAUUCCAUCGUACCAUCUCGAAUUGUAUACAGUUGUUGGUUCAAGAUUUGGAAAAUGGAUGUGAAACAUCAUUGACAGUUAUGAGUAAAGUGCAAUGGCAAAAUAUCAGUAAUGUUGGUGAUCAAAGUCCCUUCAUUAAUACUAUUAUUGCUCAUUUCAAACAAUCCAUUCCAACUAUUCGAGAUAAUUUGGCAACAUCUCGUAAAUAUUUUACACAAUUUUUACACAAAUUUGUGAGUUCUUUCAUUCCGAAAUUUGUCAAUACAUUGUAUAAAUGUCGCCCAACCAAUUCCGAUGGAUCAAAUAAUAUUUUGGGUUGUGAACAAUUACUACUCGAUACACAUAGUUUGAAAACAGUUUUGCUUGAUUUGCCAUCCAUUGGAUCAAGUGUAAAUCGCAAAGCACCAACAAGCUAUACAAAAGUUGUUGUCAAAGAUAUGAGUCGUGCUGAAAUGAUAAUCAAAAUUGUAAUGACACAAAUUCAACCAGCUGCUGGAUUUACAGCUCAGGUUUUAAAACUCUUACCAGAUAUCUCAAUAGCGGAAUAUCAGAAAAUCCUUGAUAUGAAAUCUGUAAAAAGAUUGGACCAAAUGCAAUUAAUUGAAAUGUACAAACGUGCAACGCCACCUAUCAGUAAUUCUGCCACUGUUGUUACUGGUAUAACAAGUGCUACUGGAGCAAGUGAGGGUGUUAGUAGUGUGUCACUCGAUAGAAAUAAAUCUGAACCAAUUGAAGAAGAAUUAGCUGGUGGAGCUCAGCAUACAGCAGUAGGAGGUGGUAGCAGUUCUGUGAGUGUGCACAGUGGAACCCCGAAUAAACGGGCUUUUCUAUUUAGUGGAUUCAGUAGUAGUUCAAAUAAUGAAAAGAACACUGAUGCAAAUACACAUGGAACAGUACAAACAAUUAGUACACCCACUUCUGCAGAACGGGGAAGAAUUCGAAAGCUUGAAAGUUUAUUGAAGAAGCGAUUACCCUAAAUGUCCGACGAUGGGUUUUAUAUAUUUGAUUUUGUAUUGUACGAUUGUGUUUAUAAUAAAUAACACAUCUUAGAA